CGCAAAUCGUUUGCCUGAGUCGUCCGCCUGUAGAUCGCCAAUCCAGGCAUCUCGUUUCCUUCGCUAGUGUACCGGUGAUGGUGAUGGAGCGUGGUCGUGUGUGGGGCAAGUUUAACUACUCGUUUGACAUCCGGCUGGAGGGCGACUACGUCAUAGCGGUGGGAGGCACGCCCAUCGAGGCUGCAGGAGCAAGCCGCGUUGGCGGCACUGGUGGCGGUGGUGGUGGUGGCGGUGAUGGUGGGCACGACAUGUAUCCGCUGCCACUCAAGUGUGUGUGGCGGCGCCGGCUUGGCAGUACUGCAGUGGUCAUGGACGUCACCUCCAACGUCUACCAGCUGUCGGCAGACGACAUGGGUGCAUGCAUACAGGUCGAGGCACAACCUGCGGACGCCGACGACAGGGAAUUCCACGGUUCGUGACCAACGAACGGGCGCACAGGGAAAUGAAGUGGACGAGCGCAUGUGUGCAUGCAGGGACUGCCGUUGGCGAGAUAGGGCCGUUCGAUAUCCCCACGUCGACCAAGACAGCAAUCCUCAACGCAGUCGGUAGGCACAUGCGGGGUGCAUGAAACUGUCCGUCCGUCCGUCCGUCCGUCCGUCUGGACAGAUUGUCUGUGGGACUGGUGCAGGCCGGGGCGGAACUGUCAUGCCGAUCAUCAUCGAUAGGCAAGACCUUGCUUGGAUUGUUUGUUUGCGAAGACCGCUAUGCGCAUUGCAUGUGGUUCUUGUUUCUGCAGUGAGGCAUCGUCGCCGUCUCCUUGCCGUGGAAUGCUUAAGUUGCCAUGUCGGAGUGAUGCUGUGGCAAAGAGACAGAUGAGGCAGGUGGGGGCGGGGGCAGGGUCGCCGGGAGGAGGGCCCACGACGACCCUCACGCAGACCAGGAAUGCCAGGCUACUGAUCGGCAGGGAACACGUUACCGUGCAAACCACUGGUCACACCACACACGGGCCGGCAGACCGCUAGACCAGGACACUCACUGCUUCCAACUCUUCCUCCCGUCUGUCCCGUUGUGCACGUCAGGCUCUGGAGACGGUGAGCACACCACCUUGUACCGUUGUCACUACGAUGCGACCAGCCCACAGAUCGUUCUGCACCCCAAAGACCCGCGGAAAUUCAAGGUCAGAGGCAAUCAGUCCGAGACGAGGCUAUUCACUCGCCUGCACUUUAUGGCAGGCUCAAAUGCCUGCCUGCUCUGACCUCUCUGCAUCCGUAUAUGCAUCAAUUCAUGCAGCUCAUCAUAGCCGUCGUGGCGGGUGACGAGGACGAGAUGGGCCCACGCGAGGCAUCCAGUGGGCUUGACGUUCAGGACCAAGACCUGUCGUCCGUCACACUCUGCUGCAGAUCCCUCUCGAGGAAUCAUCGAGACCUUAUCGCCCUCACCAUCCGCUGCUUUCAGGCAUCGGUGCAUCUCGAGACCAACUGCCUUCUGGAGCGACUUCUGCAGCCAGGCUCCACUCAGCCUGCCAGCGGCGUGGAGCACAAGGCAUCAGGCCCGGCACUACCCUCCCAUUCGGCCACCAGAGGCAAGCCAACUGCUGGUGUGGAUGGUGUCUCUCGCUCCUCGGCAUCGUCGGCGUUGGUGGCGCCCUUGGCGACAUCGUCAUCUCAGUUGUUGUCUGGAAUCGACUCCGGCUGGAGGGGGCUGCAGGUGUACGCGACAGGGGCACUGGGAAGGCUUGAGCACCUCGCCAAACGGGACACAGGAGGUAAUGGCAACGCGAGCACCGAGGGGAGGAGGGCGGCGGGAGCGGGCGGUGAUCAUCAUGGCGACAGGGCUGAUGGGGGGUGGAGCGGGCUGCACCUGCCGUUUGCCUUGCCCUUCGUCACGUCGCCUCUCUUGUCUGCCAGUGGCGCCUCCGGGGCAGCGACAGCAUGCGAGCGGCAGCUCGCAUUGGUGCGGCAAGAACAGGACCUCGGCAUCAUCCUCGCCGCUCAAGUCGCCCGACUUCAUGCGGUAUAAUGUGUACCCUGAUCGCACAAAAACAGGGGUCGAUGGUUCCACUGCUUCACGGUGCUCCCUGCUGUGUAAAUGCUGUGCGUGCAUCAGGAGCUAGGCAGCGCGGUGGCGUGUAGUUCCGGUGUUCAGGUGAGAUUGCGUCAGACGGAACGUGAGAAGGCCCUUCUUGAGGAGGAGAUGGAGGCCACCAUCGCGGCGUAUCAGACACAACUCAGAGACAUGAACACGGCAAGGCCAACAGACCAAGACGCUCCCCAGGGCACCCAGACGCCGGGCAGCUUCUCAGUGGGUAAGGGCGACCAAUGGAAUACCACACUGUCAUGUUCUCGGAUGGUGUGCCUCGUAUUCAUCACGAGUCCGCCCUUUGACAUCCGUUCAGGUGCGUCCACCCAGACGGAUGCCUCGUUACGCCCUCCGGUCGUGUCCACGGUCGUGUCGUCCAUAGCGGCUGCGGCCACGCAGACUGAGGGCGGUGAAGGGCAGUCUACCGACAGCAGCCUGCAGCAGGAAUUGCGCCGUCUCAAGCAGGACAAGUACGACCAGGCCCAGAAGAUCAAGAGCCUGCAGCACUGCCUCGCCAUGAGGCAACAGCAGCAGCAGCAACGAACCAACUUAGACAGGCACAGCCAGCCCAUUGGGACCAGGCCCCCGCCGAAAGACAGGGCCCAGGUGGCGGAUUCCGCGAGUCCUUCCGUGCCCCGACUGCCGCCCACCGCACUGCCGCAGACCAGUGGGGACAACGGGGUGCAGGCACACUGCAACGGCGAGCCGCAGCCACAAGCUAGAAGGGAACAACAAGCAACGCACCCACAGGUGCCUACCCAGCGCGGAGACACUGCGGACACGCGGAUGUCUAUCUAUGUGCCUACUUGUGUCUGCGUGUGUCUAUUUGUGUACACCCAGGCUACUGCCUCGCAUGGGGACCGUACUGGGUGCGAAGCCAAGGAGGCGUAUGAAGACCUUGUGUCUGAGAGGAACCGCCUCACCAAGAAAGUCGAAAGCCUCUCCAAAGGUAGUGGCUGGGUGGCGGUCGCCAUGCCACGAGUGGAGUGCGCUGUGGGUUGUGCGUUAUGGGUAAUGCCAUCAGAUUUAGAGCGGGUGAGGCACCAGCAUGAAGCGGCGCUCGAAAGGCAACUGACGGCUAACACCAGGUACCUAGACAGAAGGGGGCAGACGUGGGACGUAUAGCUACCGACCACACCUAUCGGAUCCGUCUUGCUUUCUCAGGUUGAUCGAGGAGAAGGAGCGCAUUGAGGCUGAGGCGAAGCAGAUAUCGAAGCUCUACCAGGUGUCCCCAAAAUGGAUUCCCAUUUGUUCCACAAACCUGUUCUUCCUUUGUAUGUAUGCCACCCUUCAUUCUCAGGACAUGAUUGAGCAGAUGCGUGUGGUCGGGCCAGGGGCCCCACCUGCAGGCCCCGCAUCGUCCGCCUCUGAUGAUGCGACUAGCCUGCCCAGCCCGCACGCAGAGGUAGCCAGCUUUGAGGAGUCGAACAAGGGACCAGACGCGUUGGAAGGCCAGGCAGUAGCAGAAGCGACAGGCACAGCCGGAGCCGUGGGUGUAGGUGAGGCUGGGAGCGGUCAGUCAUCGCCCCUUGUGUCAGUGGGCCCGGGCCACCCCGGUCCUGGGCUCGACGGCCGACAGCAGAUGCAGCACCUGACCAUGACCAUCACCAACCUCACCACACAACUCAACAAACUCGAGGUCGACAAACGAAUGCACACACAGGGGUGCGCAGUGAGUAAGAGGUGGACGGGUGGAUGGCGCGCCUGUUGUCUUCAGGUAGAGAACUCGACUCUCAAGCGACGGUAUGUCAUCUGCACAAUACGUAUACAGGCACUGCUCAUCCCUCACAAAAUCACAGAACGGCCUUGUGAUCUGUGCGCAGGCUUAACAAGUUCCUGGCCUCUCCCACCCCCAAUCAAGCAUCCGAUAAUAAACAGGGGGAUCACAUGGGUAUCUGAGACAACGUGUUCUCACGGAAAACAGACUCUUUCUCAUUGAGACAGACUCGAGAAUCGCCAUGCAGUGAACGAAUGAAUGAACGAAUGGCUGAAUGAACGAGUGAGUGGAGCAGUGAACGAAUCUACAUCGGACAGGCAGCUAUUCUGUGAGCUUUCAACUUUUUUGUGUGAUGACGUUCAUCUUUGCAAUGAUGAAUGGAUGAGUGAAUGAGUGAUUGACCAA